GUCUUCUUGCUUGUCUGAAAGGAAAGUUCCGAAGUAAAAACAAAAAACACAAAACAAACAAAAAAAAAAAAAAAAAAAAAACGAUUGCGGGAACCGCCCGAAGGAACUGUGGAACCAGACGGACCGAAGCUCGACUGGACCACGUCUAUCUCCACUUUGCUGGAACAAAAAUGGCCUGUCGAUCUUAUUUUUAGCUUAGCUUUGCUCGCACGGACGAAAAAAAAAAAAGGAGUUUGUGAGUGGAAAGGGUGUUGGUGAUCGCGUGGAAAUGGGUGCAAAACGCGUGAAAGAAGAAGACUGCGGGGAGGACACUUCGGGUCCAAAAGAGGAGAAGCAGCGACAGCGUCGACUGCGGGACGCAGUUUGGGAACAACCUCGGGAUUGCUUCCAAAAUGCAGACGUCAGUGAAGGAGAUCUUCAUCCUGAGGAGCAGGAGCCGGAAAACGCUCACGUUAAAAUUGAGGAGGAGCCCGAUUUACCUGACGUUAAAGAAGACGGCAAGCCAGAGUCCCAGUCCAUUAAAGAUGAAGCGCCAGAGGAUGAAAUCGGCAAGUUUCAAACGACCGGCGUCACUUUAAAGAGUGAAGAUGUUGAGAUGAGAAGACGCGACCUCUCGGCUCUGCUCUCGGAGAGUGACGACAUAACGUCACACUCUUCUAAUUAUGACGACGAUGGCGAAGGUGAUGAGGAAAACUGGAAAGGUGCUCUGAAAUGUCACGCCAACAACAAAUGCAUCCAGUGUUCUCAUUGUAACAGAACAUUUUACAACAAGUCAUCGUUGAUAAGACACACAAGAACGCACACUGGAGAAAAACCUUUUGCUUGUUCACUUUGCGACAAAAGAUUCUCAAUAAGGGGGAAUUUAACAAAACACCUCAGAACACACACCGGUGAAAAACCUCUCGCCUGCUCGGUUUGUGGAAAAAGGUUUUUUCAGAAGGGGGAUUUGACAAUACACACAAGAACACAUACUGGAGAAAAACCGUUUGCUUGUUCAGUCUGCGGUAAACGGUUUACUGGGAAGCAAAAUCUAACGAGGCACACGAGAACCCACACUGGAGAGAAACCUUUUGCAUGCUUAGUGUGCGGCCAAAGAUUCUCUGUCAAGGCAAAUUUGAAAACACACACAAGAACACACACCGGCGAAAAAGCUUUCGCUUGUUCACUUUGUGGUAAAGGAUUCACGAAGAGGAUCUAUUUUGCAAGACACACGAGAACACACAGCGGAGAGAAACCUUUUGCGUGCUCACUCUGCAGUCAACGAUUCUCUUUCAAGGGAGAUUUAAAGUUGCACGUAAGAACUCACACAGGAGACAAACAUUUUGCCUGCUCGGUUUGUGGUAAAAAAUUCUCUCGAAAGGCACACUUAAAAACUCACGCAGGAACACACACGGGUGAAAAAACCUUUGGCUGCUCAAUUUGUGGUCAGAAUUUCUCCCUCAAAGCAAAUUUAAAAAGGCACACAAAAUUACAUAGUGGGGAAAAACCUUUUGCCUGCUUGGUUUGUGGUCAAAGGUUCUCUGUGAAGGCAAAUUUAAUAAGGCACACGAGAAUACACACUGCAGAAAAAAACUUUGCCUGCUCGGUUUGUGGCCAAAGAUUCUUUGCACAGGAACAUUUGACAAAACACACAAGGACACACACGGGUGAAAAACUUUUUGCCUGCUCAUUUUGUGGCAAAAAAUUCAUUCAGAAGGGAGAUUUAACAAGCCACAGAAGAACACACACCGGAGAGAAACCUUUUGCCUGCUUAGCUUGCGGGAAAAGAUUUGCUAAAAAGACCAAUUUAACGACACACACGAGAACGCACACUGGAGAGAAACCUUUCGUGUGCUCGGUUUGUGGGAAAAGAUUCACUGUGAAGACUCAUUUGACAAGACACACGCGAACGCACACUGGUGAAAAACCUUUUGCCUGCUCACUUUGUGGCCAAAGGUUCUCUGUCAAGGCCAGUUUAAAAAGGCACACAAGAACACACAUGGGAGAAAAACCUUUGCCUGCUCAGUUUGUGGCCAAAGAUUCGCUGCACAGGACUGUCAAAUAACACACACACACACACAUAUACCGGGUAAAGAAAUGAUGGCAAACUUAUUAUUCAGUUACAAUGUGUAUAACAAAAUAUUGGAUGUCAAGUCUGAGCUUAAGAGUCACGAGUGCGAUGGAAGCUGGAUAAUAAACCGAAGAAAGCGACCGAGGCUGCGUUGCUCAUC